AGAUGGAUAUGAAAGAAAGAUAAAGCGUAGCGGUCAUCAACGCUGAGUCGGAGAAGAGUCCUUAUUUUGCUAAUUAACUUCUCUUCAAACCUCUCCUCCUCACCUUCACAUCUGUUCUUCUUCUUCCCACCAAACACUCUCGCUCUCUCCUCACCGACACGACACCGUUUUUAAUGCAACCGCGACGCUAUACAAAAGACAACAUAGAUCUUUUUUCCGCUAAUCUCUAUCUUUUCAAAUCUCCCGAGAUCUACUCGUCCUGAAUCACCGCCCAGUCAAUUCAACUCCAACUCUCCUCUUUUCUCAUCUCUCGUCUCUCUAAGAUCUCCCUCAGUUCAAACAGAGUAUUGAAACUAUGUCGAAUUGACCGAAGUUUAAAGCGUAUUCUUCCGCAACUUUUUAAUUUCAUUUCUUCAAGAUCUCUUUUGAGUUGAAACGAGAACUGGAGAAGCGUAAUCUUGAUUAGUCAAACGACGCCGGAUUUUAGUAAAGACAAAACCACCUCAGCAGCACUCUCUUUUUUCUAAGAUCUUCGUUUGUUGGAACCUGGAAAGGUAAGCUUCAUUGAUGUACUGAAACGACGGCGAUUUGAGUAGAGAUUAAUAAGCAGGAUUCCAUUUCUAUCACGUCGACGAUAGACGCGUUUUGGCUGUUGUGAAACGACUAAGUAUCGACUGAGUUGAAGUGGAUUUGGUGGCUCAGUCGGAGUUGUUGCGACUGAGUUGAUAAUCCGGCGUCAGUGAAUGGCGUCAGGAACGAGUCAGAGCUGGAGAGAUGGCAUGUCAUCGGAUAACAUAAAAGGUCUGGUUUUGGCGCUCUCGUCCAGUGUUUUUAUCGGUGCUAGUUUCAUUGUUAAGAAGAAGGGCUUGAAGAAAGCCGGCGCUUCUGGUAUUAGAGCAGGGGUUGGAGGCUAUUCUUACUUGUAUGAGCCACUAUGGUGGGUGGGCAUGAUAACAAUGAUUGUCGGGGAAAUUGCUAAUUUUGCUGCUUAUGCAUUUGCACCUGCUAUAUUAGUUACACCGCUUGGUGCUCUCAGCAUUAUUAUCAGUGCUGUUCUUGCUCAUAUCAUUUUACGUGAGAGACUACAUAUUUUUGGUAUUCUUGGUUGUGCACUUUGUGUUGUGGGCUCCACAACAAUUGUGCUGCAUGCUCCUCAAGAACGUGAGAUUGAAUCUGUAAUAGAAGUUUGGAAUCUUGCUACAGAGCCAGCUUUUCUCUUGUAUGCGGCUUUGGUCACAACAGCUGUAUUUAUCCUUAUAUUCCAAUUUAUCCCAGAGUAUGGUCAGACACACAUAAUGGUUUAUAUUGGAAUCUGUUCUCUUGUAGGUUCAUUGUCGGUUAUGAGUGUUAAAGCUCUAGGAAUUGCUCUGAAGUUAACAUUGUCUGGAAUGAAUCAGCUAAUAUAUCCCCAAACAUGGGCAUUCACUCUAAUUGUAAUUACUUGUGUGAUUACCCAAAUGAAUUAUUUGAACAAGGCGCUUGACACUUUUAACACAGCAGUUGUAUCUCCCAUUUACUAUGUCAUGUUCACAUCACUUACCAUUUUGGCUAGUGUGAUCAUGUUUAAGGAUUGGGAUAGGCAGAAUCCAACGCAGAUUGUCACAGAAAUGUGUGGGUUCGUGACAAUCCUUUCUGGAACGUUUCUUCUUCACAAAACCAAGGAUAUGGGUGAUGCAGGUACAGGUUUGACAACAUCUAUGUCUUUGCGGUUACCUAAGCACGCAGACGAGGAUGGUUUCGGAUCUGAAGGCAUCCCUCUAAGGCGACAAGAUUCGAUGAGAACACCGUGAUAUCCAUUGGCUUGACUUGUCUCUCUGUCAUCCGUAAAAAACGUUCAUAUACUUUCGAGAGAAACUUCUCAACAUCAACUUGUAUUUCAUGGUAUUCUUUUGGGAAACGGUAGAAGAAGGGUGAAAAUUUUCUUUUCCCCUUCCCCUUUUGGGUUCACAAUGAGUCCCCAUAGCUUCCAGCUAUUGCAUUUUAUACAGUUUCACACCGCGGUGCAUAGAGAAGGCGUUGACCAGUGUAAUUUCAACCACGUUGGAAAUACACGGUGUACCAUUCGCUCCAGUUUGCCAAGAAUUCAGUGGAUUUCUUACCAAGUUGUCAACUGAAAUUUCCAGAAAUAUAUCAUUACAGGCAUCUUUUUUAUUUUUAUUUUUAUUUAUUUAUUUAUUUAUUUUUGUCUCAAUGCUGUGUCGAAGAUUGGUGUUUAAGUGCUUUUUGUCUUUAUCUUUUUACUUUUUUCUGGUUAGCGAUUGAUUCGACAAGUCAGUUAAAGCGAACAAGAAUUUGUUCUUGCAAGUUGCAACAAUUUGGAGAAAGAGGAAAGACAAAACAGAGCCCCUUUGGCUUUAAGAUAGAUA